UACUACUAGUAGUAGUUAAGAUAUACAGAGGACAGAGUGAGCUAGCUCGAUGCACACCCUCCUGUAGUACAGGCUGAGCAACCAAGCUUGGCGAGAGAAUUAAUGGCGGACGGCACGCGCGAGCAGCUCCGGGCGCGCGUGCGGGCGGCGCUGCCAUGGAAGGUGCGGCUGCAGCUCUUUCGGCUCGAGGCGGCCUUUGAUGUCACGCAGCGCCGCCGAGACGGCACAGUCAACCGCUGCCUCUUCAACCUGAUCGCCGAUCGCCGCCAAGUGCCUGCCGACGACGCCUCUGGCGGGGUCCGCUCCGUCGACGUCAUGGUCAACGCCUCCACCGGCGUGACGGUGAGGGUCUUCUUUGCUGCUCCCGAGCCGACGGCACCGUCUCCGCUGCGUCCGGUGGUCGUCUACUUCCACGGUGGCGGCUUCACGGUGUUCUCCGCGGCCACGGGCCCCUUGGACGCCCUCUGCCGCACCAUCUGCCGCGACGCCGGCGCGGUCGUCGUGUCCGUCAGCUACCGCCUCGCGCCCGAGCACCGCUACCCCGCCGCCUACGACGACGGGGAAGCCGUGCUCCGCUACCUCGCCGCCAACGCCGCCGGCCUCCCCGUCCCCAUCGACCUCUCCCGCUGCUUCCUCGCCGGCGACAGCGCGGGGGGCAAUAUCGUGCACCACGUCGCCCACCGCUGGACGGCCUCGCCGCCUCCAACCGACACCUCCAUCCGCCUCGCCGGGGUCAUGCUGAUCGCCGCCUUCUUCGGCGGCGAGGAGAGGACGGACUCGGAGCUCGCCCUCGAAGGCGUCGCACCGAUCAUGAACCUUCGGCGGUCGGACUUCUGGUGGAAGGCGUUCCUGCCGGUGGGUGCCGACAGGAACCACCCGACGGCGCACGUGACGGGGGAGGCGGGGCCGGAGCCGGAGCUGGCUGAGGCGUUCCCGCCGGCGAUGGUGGUCGUUGGCGGGCUAGACCCGCUGCAGGACUGGGAGCGACGCUACGCCGCCAUGCUUCGGCGGAAGGGCAAGGCGGUGAGGGUCGUGGAGUUCCCGGAAGCCGUGCACGGUUUCUACUUCUUCCUGGCGCUGCCCGAGUCCGGCAAGCUCAUUGCCGAGAUCAGCGCGUUCGUACAGAGCGUUACGCCGUAGUCUACUGCAGCGUAGAGGACUUAUUAGAGAUGAUAACGAGAGCGGUAAUUCUACCGGUUGCGUCAUGCCGUCAUGUACCGAUGCGUGCAGACUAGGUGGAGUAUUAGGAAGGGGUAUAAUAGACUUUUCACACUAAAAGAAAAAAGAAAAAAAUAUACUACUCCGCAUCAGAUUUCUCCCGAUCGGCCGCAGUGCCGCACUCCUCUGAAGCGCCUGCGGCGCCCUCCACGCGGCGUUUCGCCGCUGCUGUCCUCGCCCUCCUACAUCGCCGCCGCCGCUCGCCGCCCAGCCCAUGCCGCGUCACCUCGGCCCCCUCCUCGCAACGCGCUGCUGCCGCUCGCCGCCAAGCCCGUGCCGCCUGCCUCGGCGCCUUUCUCGCAGCGCGUCGCUGCUGCUCCCCACCAAUCCAGCGCCGGCGACCUCCUCGCAGCGCCGCCGCCGCCGUUCAGGGAUUCAUGCCGCACGCCGGCGACUUCCAUCUCGCAGAGCUUCUUCAUAGCUUGCUCGCCGACAGCAACAUGGAGGCAGGAGAUGGCGCACUUCUUGGUCGUGUUCCUGGGGCUCGGGUCCAGCAGCUGCGGCAGGUUCGGCUCGGUCUUCUCGUCCUUUCCCUCUCGUCCGUCGGGCAGCCGCCCAUCAACGUCGACGUCAGUGCCGCGCCCGCGGCCUCGCGCGCGCGCCCGAAGGAAAGCCGCAGCACCAGAAGCGACGGAGGAGGGAGAUUGGGAGGCGGCCUGAGGCGGCGGAGAGACCUCGGGAGGCGGCUUGCGGCGGCGGAGGCCCCUUGGAGGCAGUAUGCGGCGGCGGACGGGGAGAGAAGAGGAAACGGCGAAAAUGAAGAGAGAAGCCACGCGAUUUUUUUAAACUUUAUUUUACAUUUUUAUGCUGCCUGUCGAUACUCCGUUCGUUCGUGGGCAAUCCUCCGUUCGGUUACUCCAUGUCCUAUUCGGGAGUAUCAACUGAUUUGAGCUUUAGAUCAAAAUAAAUUAACGGUCCUCAUUAAUUUCAGGGUACCGCAGCAAGCUCA